GCACUUUGGCACUGGUCCUCAAAAACCUCCCCCAGAAUAUUGGUGCUUGAGCAGCUCGAACUCACCUUUCAAAUCCAAUUUUCUUCUAAUCUGCCAAUAGUUGCUCUGACUUUUCUUACUCGUUGUUUACAAAUAUGACUACUGUGGCUACACGGAGAAGAAAACGCUCACCUAACACGGAUUGGAAGGCAGACUUUUAUCGCAAUGGCUACCCUACCGAAGUCAUUGUAAUCGAGGAUUCGCCUACACCCGCUCCUGAUCAACACACCAAUUCCACCUCAAAUUCAAAUAAUCCACAGUUGAAUCAUGCGUCUGCCUAUACCACACCCCCUGCUGCUUCUACCCGCUCCAAGCGGCCUCGAAGGAAGGUCACUUCUACCUAUCAACCUCAACUCGCCCCAACAUCGCAGAUAUCAUACCCUGUUCUCACACCGGUCUCUUCGUUGGUCGGGAACUUUACUCAACCAGCUGCAAAACGCAGGCGGAAAGAAAAUGGAGACGCUGCUGGUUAUUCUGAAGCAUCGCAUCGUCAAGAUCAUGUAUAUCGACCAACCGCAACCACUGAGACGGCUGCUGCGAACUACGACGAUAAAGAUGGACAUUAUAUCAUUAUCCCGAACGAAGAUCUUACCACCCGAUACAAGAUGAUCCGAUUACUAGGACAAGGUACAUUUGGCAAGGUCGUAGAAUGCUGGGAUCGUGUACGACGGCGCUAUUGCGCUAUCAAAGUCAUCCGGGCAGUGCCUAAGUAUAGAGAUGCUAGCAAAAUUGAGAUACGAGUGCUCAACACUCUGAAGGAAAACGACCCUCUCAACCUAAAUAAAUGCAUACACCUGCUGGAAUGGUUCGACUUUCGAAAUCAUAUUUGCAUGGUGUUUGAGUUGCUCGGUCAAUCUGUCUUUGACUUCUUGAAGGAAAACGAAUUUCAUCCUUUUCCUGCGCAUCAUAUCCAACACUUUGCAAGGCAAUUAUUAACGAGCGUGGCGUUUGUGCACGACCUCAAGCUCAUCCAUACGGACCUUAAGCCGGAGAAUAUAUUACUUGUCAACAAUGAAUAUCGAUUGGUUCCAUGCAGACCAACAAAGAGAUCUGGAAGCAAGGUACAACGCUUGUUAGCCAAUACGGAAAUUCGUCUGAUUGAUUUUGGCUCUGCGACAUUUGAGCACGACUACCAUUCAUCGGUGGUAUCUACAAGGCAUUACCGAGCACCAGAGAUUAUAUUAGGUAUGGGCUGGUCCUAUCCAUGUGACAUUUGGUCCAUCGGCUGUAUCUUGGUAGAAUUCUUUACUGGUGAUGCUUUAUUCCAAACACAUGACAAUCUGGAGCAUCUGGCUAUGAUGGAGGUUGUUUUGGGUAAGAUUCCGGAUAGAACUUUACGACAAGCGAGACAUACGCAAAAGUAUUUCGAAGGAGGACGACUAAACUAUCCUAACGAAGAGACAACAAAGCAGAGUCGCAAAUACGUUAAAGCGAUGAGACCUUUACAGGAAAUUAUACAACCAUCCACUAACGUCAAUCGACAUCUUCUUGGACUACUUCAAAAGCUGCUAAUGUAUGAUCCAGCAGACAGGAUAUCCGCUCAGGAAGCUCUGAAGCACCCUUUUUUCCACAUACAGUUGGAUGAAAGCGGAAGAGAGAUCGUUCAUUAAGUGGUGUCAGCAAGGCGCACCGCUUGUCACAAUGGCAUACUCAAGAUGUGCCACGUUGCCUAUUGAGACUUGUACUGUCUAUCGCUACUCAAUUACAAGUGGCUACCUUUCUUUGUCUUUAUUUUCCGGCGCUCCUUGUUUUAGCAGCCCUUCUUUCGUUUACUCAUUGCCACAUCAACAUUUGUUCUAUCUUUCAGUGCUUAUCUCCCCAUUUCCGAUUUUACAUACUUGCUUUAUGAUAGAUAGGAUUCCCGGAUAUCCAUACACAAAAGACUACUUGGUCAAUCAAAAAUGUAAUAUACCAAAGUGAAAACUCUUCCUUAUUAAGAUCAUUAAAGAAUCAUAUUCUAGACGGUG